AUGGAGCUCCUUCUUCGCCCGGCGGUGCUGGCACCCGCCCUGAAGGGCCGCCUCGAAGUUACGCAUGUUCCUCCAUACUGCCUGAUACAAGGGAAACCCGUCUCCCUCCUUGGCGCCCAAGAUUGGGUCAUCGACCAGCCUGAUUCGGUCCUCAACCGACUACACGCCCCCGACCCGUCCGUCGUCCACGACCCGGUCCACGACAAGCUCAUUACGACGAAUCUGACCAACCAGAUCGGCAACCUGGUCCCCGACGUCGCCGAAGAGACGGCCUGGGACGCUCCUCUUGCCAUGCAGAAGCUCGACAGCGUGAUGCGAGAGUCGGCUCGCCUCAACUCAUUCGUCACGGUCGGCCUGAGUCGUGUGGUGGUGGCCAAGGACGGCGUCGUCACGCCUGCGGGCGUCAAGAUCCCCCGCGGCGCCGCCGUCAGCGUCCCGAGCUACCCGGUCUCCCGGGACAACGAUAUCUACCCGGGCGCUGACGAGUUUAGGCCGUUCCGCUUCGCCGAGCAGCGCGCCGACGACAGCGUCGAGUACGUCAAGCAGGUCGCCAAGGCCUUCGCAACCACCAGCACCGACUACCCGGCCUUCGGCCACAGCCGGAAUGCCUGUCCGGGCCGCUUCUUCGCCGCCAACGACCUCAAGCUUAUUCUGGCACACCUCGUGCUCAACUAUGACAUUAGGCCCCGCAAUUCAUGGCUCGGCCUGAACAGGGUGCCGCCGCUCCAGGCCACGAUCCCAACUCGGUACUAUACUUAUAAGGCUGAGUUCAUGAGCAGGAUACUGAUAUAA